AUGAGUAUCAUAGAAGCUGGAACAAUCAUGGCAAGCAUAUUGAAGAUCAUUCAAUUCUUUGUUUUUGCUUAAUUAUGCCUUCUUUCCUCUCCACUGUAGGUUCCUACUUUUGGUCUCCCAUUUCUUGGCCUUUUACUUUGUCUACUAUUUUCUUCUCUUUUCAUUCUUCUCUUUUCAUCUACUCCAUUUUGAAAAUAUACGUAUUCUUUAAUUGUUUUGUCGGCGAGUACGAUAUUCAGCAUUCAUUAUCAAGCGCAAGUCGCCAUUAUUCUAUUCUGUAAAAUUUAGACAAACCCACACUAUCAGUUUUGAACCUCAAAAAACAUUCUAUCAAGAUGUAUUUCACACAAACCCUCUUCUUUUCUGCCUUGAGCAUCAGCAGUGUCUUUGGUAAGUCUUCCGUCCGUUACCUCUCAUCCCAAUCCAACUAAGCCUUUCUACCAGCCGCCACCAACACUUCAACCUCAACACCGCAAACCCACGUAGUCCGCGUCGGCUCCACCAACAAUUCCAUAAAAUACUUUCCCGAAAAAAUUUCCGCCCAAGUUGGCGACGUAAUCCAAUUUCAAUUCGCAGGAGGAAACCACACCGUAACCCAAUCCACUUUCGAUGCACCCUGCGUCCCAAUCAGUCAAAGCACAAACAACACCGGAGUCUUCAGCGGCUUCAUGAAUGUAGCUGCUAGUCUAAAUAGUACGGGUAUGGUCCCGGUAUUUAGCAUGCCGGUCAAGGUCGCCACACCAAUGUGGUUCUAUUGUAGUCAGGCUAAACAUUGCCAAAAAGGAAUGGUUUUGGUAGUUAAUGAGAAGUAUGUUUAUGUCAUUCCUGAUCUUCCCUUCCCUUUAUAAAUAGAAAAAAAGUAAAGUUCUAACUCAUAAUUUUCCAUCUAGCACAAAAGCAAACGCCUCUCGCUCUCUCUCCAAUUUCGCGUCUCUAGCUGCUAAAGCUCCUGCUAAUCUCUUUCCUACACUUAAUGGUACCUCGGCUACUGCUUCUACUUCAGGGACACCCGGCACUUCAUCUACCUCUGAAUCUAAUUCCGGCUCUUCCUCUGGCUCCUCAUCAGAUUCAGAUUCAUCAAGCUCAAGCUCAAAUUCAGAUUCCUCCUCAACCACCGAUUCUACAACAACAACACUUAGUCCCUCCGCCUCGAGUACAUCCUCAGAAACAUCCUCGAACAACAACAACAACGACAACGGAGAUUCAUCUUCAGCAUCCUCAUCCUCAUCAUCCUCAUCAUCAACAAAAACUCCCGCCCUCGCAACCGCAACCGCAAAUACAGCUUCUGGAGUAUUCGGAGUACACAAUAUAUUUCCAUAUACCUAUGUAGGAAUUCUUCUUGGGGUGGGAAUGUGGGGUUUAUUUUAGAUUGAGAUGGAUAUAGUGAUUUAUGAUUGGAAAUUUGAGAAAAGAGGUCAGAGAGAUUGAUGGGGAUGUAAUGUGGAUGGAUGAAUAAGAGUAUAAAAAUGUUUAGGCUAGAUUGGGUGUGCUCUGAUUGUGCUAGACACUAGACACUAGAUGCGAGAUAAGAGGAGAGUUGAUGAGAGAUGAGAGAUUUUUAAGAGAUGAGUGGAUGAUGGGUUAAUGUUUUGGGGGAUUAUUUACUACGGACUUUAGAUAGGUGCUGGGUAUGUAAGAUCUUACAUGAUACCGUGCUCUAUGGACGGA